UCGCCAAAAUCCGAAAAUUUGAGAUUAUGUACGACGGCAGUAUUUGCGGAAAUUGUUUAACUUGUGUAUUUAUUUAGUAUAGUUUAGUAUAUUGUGUUAGACUUCAAGUGAACAUGAAUUCAAUUAAAUUCCACUUUUUGCGUAGGCGUAGCUGCGAAAUGUUAUACACAAAAAUAAUUUAAGCGUUCAUAAUUAACUCGAGAGUGGGUUUUAUCUGAUAAGAAUGGUCUUGAAAUAAAUUAUGCCGCUUACAAUUGUAAACAAAAGUAAAAUGAUUGCUGAAAUCAUGAAAUUUUCGUUUCACCAUAGAGCGUUUUACUGCUAUGUUGGGAUGAGUAUAUGGAUCUGUUUCUUAAUAACGGUAAUGUACAAAUACAUAUCAGUUGGAGAAGAUGCAACAGUGAUCAAGAAGAUUGUGCAGAAUGAAUACAUAUCCAAAAGUGAUAUCAAGUAUAGGAAGAUAUAUCUACGCUCAUGUAAUCCGCCCGACAGUAUUGUGAGGGGUGCUGAAGCUGUGGUGGACAGUGAUACCUGGCUUCUACAAGGAGUGUUAGUUGUUACAAGACAUGGUGACCGGGGACCCCUUACACAUUUGCAUGGGGGAGACAAACUGCCCUGUGACACUCCACCACCGUCAACAUUGUUAAAGAGGUACGAAGAAUGGGUGUCGAACACGAGCUCGGGGGGGCGCGCUUGGUGGGUGGCGGGGCCGGGCCCGUUCCACAACUUCCCCGCGCUGCCCCCGCGCGCCGCCGCCGGCGCCGCCACGCGCUGCGCGCUCGGCCAGCUAACGCCGCGCGGCCUGCUGCAGAUGCUCACCGUGGGCAAUAUUCUGAAAGAGGCUUAUGGAGUAAAACUUGGGCUAGAUAAUUCAGAUCCGACGGGAAAACGAGACACAGGAGAAGUAAUAAUGUACAGCACGCGAUACCGCCGAACGUUCCAGUCCCUAGCGGGGCUCGCCUGGGGCUUAGCGGGCGCUAAUGCAGGCGCUCGGCUCGCUAGAGCGAGAGAGAGCCAUAGCGUCGUCUUCUGCUUCCGCGAGUGUGCGUGUGCUGCUCACCACGCGUUGAACAAAAAAAUCAGCAUCCAAGCAAAACACCGGCUGGACAACCACCCAGCGCUAAAAGAGCUGGUCACCAAGCUCUCCACCGUUCUCUUCGAGUCGCAGGAACACCCCGAACCCGACAUGGUCCGCGACGGAGUCCUGGCUCACAUGUGCCAUGACUCGCCGCUGCCGUGUGUGAGGAGACCUGAGAAACAGAAGAUUAGCUUGAAGAGAAAUAGGAGGCUUCGAGAGGAUACCGUGCCGGGGAAAAAGUUGCUACAAUAUAAGGUAAAUGUGGAUAAUAGAAAAUCUGAAAGAGAUAUAUUAACCAUAGAAAUAACGGGAAACAGUGGUGAAGAUACUUCUAUCAAAAAACAUGAGAAAGAGAAGCUAAGCUUGAAGAAACAUAGAACGUUUCACGAGGAUACUGUUCUUGAAAAAAAUAUACUAGAACAUAAAGAGGUUACCAUCAUAAAUAGCAGAAAUCCUAAGGAACAAAUACCAAACGUACAAAUACAGCAAGAUACCCCUGAGCGCGAGUCUCCUAAUAAGGAUAGUAAUAGUUCAGAAAAACAUAAACUAACUGUAAAAGGACAUAAUGAAAGGAAUAAUAUGAGAAAAGCAGAAAACGAGAAAGAAUUGGAAAAUCACAAAGACACUGUGCCUAAAAGGAAUUUAUUAGACAUAGAUAUAGACACUCUUAACAUGGAAUUGGAUUACAUUAACAACCAGUUAGACUUCAAUAACGAGAUAGGGAGGAAAGCUAGAGAUAUCAUCGGUAAAUAUUACGAUACUAAAGAUAAGCAGAAAGCUCCUUUAGAUUUCGAUGCUCAAAUGGAAAGAGAGAAGCUAUUAUACUAUCAGCAGAGAUAUAUGGAUAAUGCGGAUGCAUAUGAUGAUGUUGUCAUAGUUAAAAAGAAUUUAGACGCAGACUUUAAUUUUCCAAAUGACGCUCGCAUGGAUACAGAUUUUGAUGAGGAAUAUAAGGAACCAACACCAGAAAUAACAGAGGAAUUUUGUAUAAGAAAGGACCAUAUAACGUCUUUAUUCGCAUAUUUAGAAUGGAGUUAUAGACAAGAAAUCAAAAAUAUACAUAAUAGAAAACGAGGCUUGCUUUUAGCGUACGGAUUAAUGCACAAUAUAGUGCAAAAUAUGAUUAGAAUGAUCUCAGAGAAUAAACCUAAAAUAGUAAUCUAUUCCGGACAUGACAAAACACUGCAACCAUUGAUUUUAGCACUUGGUUUAACAAAUUAUCAACACUACAACGUACACUAUGCUUCUAGAAUGAUCUUCGAGGUUUACAGAAAAAAAGAUUUACGCGACGAAUUUAAAUUUACUAAAAGGAAAGCAGUAGCACAAGAUUUUUACUUCAGGGUUGUUUACAAUGGGGAAGAUGUUACAAAUAAAUUAAGUUUCUGUAAAACUAAGCAGAGUAUAGUGAUGAAAGUAGUGGACCCUAUAGACGAUAUGAAAACGUAUAAUACUUAUUUGUGUCCUAUAGAAAACGUUGUUAGGUUUAUACAUGAUGAUUAUUUUGCUAUUUUUAACGUGACCAACUUUAAGGAUGCUUGUGCUACCUAUGGGAAUCUCAAACAUGUUUAGGUAAAAACAAAUUUGUUCAGAGAAGGGUUCUGAUCAUUCAUGUGCAUAAGGACCUUUCCAACAGAAAAGCCACGAAUAACGUAUGUAUGUAUGUGAUUGCAAGUAACAUGUGCUCUCUUAUAAAAAAAGCCGUAGGCCUCUAAAAAAUUGUUAAUUCUUCUUAUUAUGGCGCUAAAAGUAACAUACUGGCAUGAAUGGACAUAUGUGACUGUACGGAAAUAUGUUUAUUUGUACUUCAUUUGAACGGUUUCUACUUGUCGAAUGGACGAAGAGUGUUCCAAUUUCUAUGGAUGUGUUUAAAAUUGCAUAAAAGUAAAAUAGGCGUCUCUCUUUCUUCUAUCGAGAGACCAUGAAAUAAGCAUCUUUGAUUAAGAAUAUGUUUUUUUUAAUAUAUUAAUAAUGAUGUAAAGGCAGCUAAGCAUUAUUUUUUGUCAAAAGUGUUCAGUAAAUAACAGUAUUCCUUUUUUCCCGCAUCUUUGAUUAAGAAUAUGUUUUUUUUAAUAUACUAAUAAUGAUUUAAAGGAAGCUAAGCAUAAUUUUUUGUCAAAAGUGUUCAGUAAAUAGCAGUAUUCCUUUUUUCCCGAUAGGAAUUCGUAAUUUAUGUCAUUUUAUAUUCUUUAAAUUAUAAUGUAUACAAUUAAUAUAAUUUAUUUAUUGCUAAAUAUUCCAGAGAUAGUUUAUUACUUGUGACUCGGAUCUCAAUUAUUUAAGUUAACGCCGUACUUAACUAUACAUAUCUACUAAUAAUGAAUACAUUAUUGCGUUGUAAUUGUCUCAGAGGCUAUAAUAAAUAGUAACUUUAUUCUUAGUUAAUCCUACUGGGGUAAAACGAGAUCUUACUAAAUGUGAUUGAACUAUUUACAUAUCAUUCCUUUCCUUGCCCGUUAGUAUGAGAGUAGAAUUAGACUAGUAUCUACAAUA